AUGGGUGAUAACUCCAUUGUUGGUGUUGUUGCUGAUGCCUCUACAAAUUUGUGUGUCUAUGAUUCUAUUCCAAGUACUGGCUCCAAUACUUGGAUAAUUGACACUGGUGCUUCUGAUCAAAUGACUUAUGAUGCUAAAUUUUUUGAUGAGUUGUCUAGUAACACCCGUGACCCAUACAUAACUAGUGCUAAUGGCUUGCCCUCUCCAAUUACUGGUGAGGGCACAAUCUCUCUCAUUCCUACUCUGUCAUUGUCUCGUGCGUUACUAGUUCCCAAUAUCCAUUGUAGCUUGUUAUCUGUUGAUAGGGGGUUAUAUUAUUUGACAUUGCCUUCUGCACCAGUUCGUGGUCAUGUCGUUAAUACUGUUCAAAGUUGCAGUGUCAAAGACAAACAACAAAUUUGGUUAUGGCAUCGUCACUUGGGACACCCAUCAUUUGGCUACCUUAAGCAUCUGUUUCCAUCUUUAUUCCGCUAUUGUGAUAAGUCAAGUUUUAAGUGUGAGACAUGUAUUUUGGCCAAGAGUCAUCGCACUGUGUUUCCUUUGAGUGACAAUAAAGCUGCAAAGCCUUUUGAUUUAGUGCAUUCUAAUGUGUGGGGUCCGGCUCGCGUUACUUCGAACAAAUUUCGUUGGUUCGUCACACUUAUUGAUAAUUGUACCCGACUCACUUGGGUUUUCUUGCUAAAAAAUAAACAUGAUGUUGCUUCCAUCCUUCCAGAGUUCUGUACUAUGGUGUCUACUCAAUUUAAUGCUCAGGGCAAAGUAUUCCAGACUGAUAACGGAGGCGAAUAUGUGAAUAACACUUUGGCAUCUUUCUUCCGUGCUCAAGGUAUUAUUCACCAAACGACAACUUCAUUUACUCCUCAGCAGAAUGGUGUGUCUGAACGCAAGAAUCGUCAGUUACUUGAAGUUGCCCGCUCCCUUAUGUUGGACAUUUCUGUUCCCCAUCAUCUUUGGGGGUAUGCUGUUUUAUCUGCUGCCUAUUUGAUUAAUCGUACUCCUAGCCGGGUUCUUGAUUUCAAGACUCCAUACGAUGUGUUUGGUGACCAUGUUUCCCCUGUCUCAAUCUCCAAGUUGCCCCCUAAAGUCUUUGGGUGUGUUGCCUAUGUUCAUGUCUACUCUCAUCAACGGAGUAAACUUGAUCCUUGUGCUCUGCGAUGUGUUUUUAUUGGUUACUCGUCUACUCAAAAAGGUUAUAAGUGCUAUCAUCCACCUACCCAGAAGGGGCAUGUUACUCUGGACGUGAAUUUCCAUGAAGAAGUGCCCUAUUAUGUAUCUCCAUCCUCUCCAAUUCAGGGGGAGAGUGGGAGUGAAUUGGAGAGUCUUGGAUUGGAGAAUGAUGUGUUUGAAGAUGCUGCUCUUGGGAAGGAAACGACCUGUCGCACUGAAGCAAGUGACCGGUCACCCAUAUCUGAAGAUGAAACUUGUGGUCCCUAUGAAGAAACUACUGAUCGCCCUUUGGAACUCGAUCAGUCGCCCAUAUCUGGAGAUGAAGCAGGUGCUCUCGGUGUCACUGAAGGAAGUGACCAGUCACCUGUAUCUGAAAAUAAUGACAGUGAUUCUUGUAUGGAUGAGUUCGAUGUAAUACCCUCAUCUGCCCUGCCAUUGCCCCAAUCUACUCGUGAUAGUGAAUCAAGUGAGGUAAUUUCUAAUGAUCUACCUGUGUCAACUUAUCAAUUACCCCCACGAACCACUCGUGGGAAACCUAAAGUACAAUAUUCUCCUGAUAUACAUGCCAAGUCUAAGUAUCCCAUUAGCCAUUUUGUGUCAACUCAUCAUUUGUCUAAGUCAUAUGCAUCAUAUUUGUGUCAAUUAUCUAGUGUAUGUGUGCCAACUAAGCUGCAGGAUGCUUUAUCUAACCCAAAAUGGAUGGAUGCCAUGAAUGUUGAAAUGGAUGCCUUAAACAAGAAUAAAACAUGGGAUUUAGUUCCUUUGUCACGAGGGAAGACAGCUGUUGGAUGCAGAUGGGUGUUUACUUUGAAGCAUAAAGCUGAUGGUUCCAUUGACCGUUACAAGGCUAGAUUGGUAGCAAAGGGUUAUACUCAGACCUAUGGAGUGGAUUAUUUGGAGACCUUUGCUCCAGUGGCAACGCUCAAUACUGUGCGUGUACUUUUGUCCUUGGCUGCUAACCGCGACUGGCCCUUAUUACAAUUCGAUGUCAAAAAUGCAUUUCUACAUGGUGACCUCAAAGAGGAGAUUUACAUGGAUCUCCCUCCUGGUAUUCCUGUAACCUCUAAGGAGGGUGUUGUGUGUAAGCUGCGGAAGUCUUUAUAUGGAUUGAAGCAGUCCCUAAGAGCGUGGUUUGCGAGAUUUGCAGCAUCUAUGAAGAAAUUUGGAUAUGUACAGAGUAACUCAGACCAUACUUUGUCUCUAAAGCGUCAUAAAGAGACUGGAAUGUUAGAUUGUAAACCAAUUGAUACACCUAGUGAACAUAAUCAUAAGUUGGGGUUGUAUCCUGAUCAAGUCCCUGCAGAUAAAGAGCGUUAUCAACGACUUGUGGGGAAAUUGAUUUAUUUAUCUCAUACACGUCCUGAUAUUGCAUAUGCAGUGAGUGUAGUGAGUCAGUUUAUGCAUUCUCUUAGUGAAUAUCAUAUGGGUGCUGUGAUGCGCAUCUUGAGGUAUCUGAAAGUAACUCCUGGAAAGGGGUUAAUGUUUUGCAAUUAUGGUCAUACAGAUGUGGAAGGGUAUACGGAUGCUGAUUGGGCUGGUUCAGUAACUGAUAAACGUUCUACGUUUGGGUAUUUCACAUUUGUUGGUGGUAAUCUUGUUACUUGGAGGAGUAAAAAGCAAAAAGUGGUGUCUAGAUCUAAUGCCGAGGCCGAGUACCGUGGGAUGGCUCAAGGUGUGUGCGAGUUACUAUGGUUGAGAAGAUUGUUGAGAGAUCUUGGGUUUGGACCCUUGAAACCCAUGGAUCUGUAUUGUGAUAAUAAAGCUGCAAUUGCAAUUGCGCAUAACCCUGUGCAACAUGAUCGUACAAAGCACGUGGAGGUUGAUCGACAUUUUGUUAAAGAGAAGUUAGAUGUUGAAAUUAUUUCUUUUCCGUUUAUAUCAUCCGAGUACCAACUGGCAGAUGUUCUUACGAAAGCUGUGUCUACUACGGUCUUUCUCAACUCGCUUGACAAGUUGGGCAUGCGUGACAUCAUUGCCCCAACUUGA